AGUAGAUCCAAUCUGUGAUAAAUAUCACAGCAUGUCUUUGACUGACAGAGUUCUCAACAGCUUUGUUUUUGUGUUUCAGCUCUCAGAUCUGUGCCAGUGAGCAUACUCAGACAGCUCUUCAAGAAUGGCAACCCUCAACGGCACUCACUGGAAUGAGACUACUACAUCCAUUUCCCAGUAUCUGGGCUUCCAAGUGCAAAAAAUUUACCCUUUCCAUGACAACUGGAACACUGCCUGCUUUGUUAUCCUGAUUAUAUUCAUCUUCACUGUAGUUUCCCUGGUGGUCUUGGCUUUCCUGUAUGAACUGCUGGACUGUUGCUGCUGUGCAAAAAACAAAACAGUGAAAGACUUGGAGAAUGAGCCCAAUCCUGUCAGGGCCAUGAUGAACAGCUUCAGGAAGCGUGAGACAGAGGUGGUGUAGGAAGCACUGAGCACCUGCACUUGGAGAACUUGGUUUGACACCCCAAUGAAGCCUCUCGUACCUUACAAACGAGCAAGUCAUGAGCUUUUUUCUUUUGGACUUAAAUUGCACGAUUGCAAUUUUAUCUCUGGAUGUGAGCUGGAAUAAUCGGCAAAGGCUUUCCAAGUGCUUAGCAGAAAGACAAUCUACUCAAGUGUUAUGGGAGGGAAAAAGAUUUUUGUUUUUAGAUGAACUUUUGCUGUUUAUAUCGAGUGACUAGCAUAGAAUUUUGUCUACCUGACCAAACGAGUGUUGCCUAACAUGCAUAAAACCGUGUUGCUUAACUGAAGAAAACAUUUAUAAAAUGUUCAACAGUCUGAUCACAUUCAGUGCAAAGACAGAAGUGCUGUCCCACCGAAUCAACCACACAGGGACAGCACAGACAGAGAAGGGGUGACAAAAAAGUUGGGAGAGAAGGGUUGAAUGGCAUGAGACCCUUCAGGCAGGAGAGGAUGGGGUGAAUUCUAGCCUUUGGCAGCACUCUUUAUUAUGGGCUUCUUGCUUUUAGAGGAGAGGGUGGUGGGAGCAAAACUAAGCCAACAAGAAAUGCAUCCCUAAAAUGGUCUUUUCUGGUCCUCCUUAGGGUAGUUUGAUUCUUUCUUUCCCCACUUUCUCCAGUUCCAGGGAACUCUUCUCCCCUUGCUUCAUAUGCAGUCUGGACAAUUUCAGGGUGUGGAGACCUGUGUAACCCAUUACCUUCAGAAUAUCUGACCCUUUCCAAAAAUCCUGCUGGAAAAGAACAACUCUGCCCCAAGGCUGCUGCUUCUGUGGCAACCACAACACUACAGGGAGCUGGACAUGCUGGAUGUAUCAUCCCUAUCCCAACUUUCAAAGCCAAACUGGAACUGGUGGAGUUCUUGCCAAGAAU